GCGAUAAAUUGAAAAAAAGAAAAAAGUGUUGGGGCCGUAAAUCAUCACCGGAGAGUUGAAACGGCGAUUUCUCGUCAACCGUCACCGGAAUCGUAACAGCCAUCCGAUCGAUGCGCUUAUAUUCCGAUUUCCGCAUUCAAUUUGAUCCAUCAAGUGCCAAAAACUCAACAGAUUGAUUCAGAAAGUUGCGAAAUCGACGCUUAUUAGGGUUCCUGCUUGUCAAUCUUGUCAAGUGUUGGCUGGGAGAUUUGAAGAUUGAAGAUUCACCAGUGCAAUGGCAGAAUAUGAUUUAGAUGAAUAUGAAGAUUAUGAAGAUGAUGUUGGUGAAUAUGAAGAUGAGGGUGGUGAAUAUGAGGAAGAAGAGGAGGAAGAGGAGCGGUUGCCUACACAGGAAGAGAUGGAAUAUCUUGAAUUGAGGCAAAAGUUGAAGGAAUCUAUUAGGAAGAAGAUGAAGAAGGAUCCGGGAUCUGGCAUUGGCAAUUCAUUGCAGAAGAAGAGUAAAAUGCCCUAUGACAAUUUUGGAUCUUUUUUUGGGCCUUCACAACCAGUUAUUGCUCAAAGAGUAAUUCAGGAAAGCAAGUCGCUGUUGGAGAAUCCACAUUUAGCAGAAAGGAUUUCAAAAGCUAAGACUGUUCAGCAGAACAAGGGUGGUUCCUCAACUACAGUAGUAUCCAAACCUCGACCCAACGGGCAGCAGCCUCAAAGAGUAAACAACAUGGCAAGACCAAAAGCAAAAAUCCAGAUGCUUAAGAAUACAAGGGACUACUCAUUUCUAUUAUCCGACGAUGCCGAACUUCCGGUUCCUCAAAAGAUCCCCCCUAAAAGUGUCCCCCCUCCAAAACCCGAAAAUCAUUCGUCACAAAGACAAUCAACAAAUAGUGGUAGAAAAGUAAUUAACGGUCAUCACGAAGAGAGGAAACCCUUACCUACAUCAAGUCAAACGAGACCAAAACCUGGUCAACAAAGUCAGAGACCGAGUACCUCCAAUCGGUUGCCUUCUACAUCAUCAGAUUCUAGAAAACAAGUCAGUAGAAACGAAGGAAGUGGACCGGGCCGGCCUUCAGGACAGAAACCCGUACCUUCAAAGAUGGCAGCAGUGGUCAACAAGUCAAAGGCGAUCUCUCCACUGGUUUCUAGAGGUUCUGUACCUACCGGGCACAAACCUCAAUCCUCAAGACCGCCACCUUCAUCGCUUCAAAAAAAACCAUUGGAACACAAGAAGGAUGAUAGGAGACCUGCUACGGGAAACAUCAUCAGAAAGCCUGUGGUUUCUUCUAAGCCCCAGAUAAAGCAACAGUUGCAGAAGCAACAGUUGCAGAAGCAACAUUUGCAGAAGAAAAAACAAGUUGAUGACAAGAGUGAUGAUGAUGAGGCCAUCAAUAUGAUCAGAAAUAUGUUCGGAUAUAAUCCCAACAGAUACCGUAAUAUUAAUGAUGACGACGAUAGUGAUAUGGAGGCUGGUUUUGAUGACAUUAUGAUGGAGGAGAAGCGAAGUGCACGGAUUGCUGCUAAGGAAGAUGAAGAAGAGCUUAAAAAAAUAGAAGAAGAAGAAAGGAGGGAACGGAUGAGAAAGGCGGCUAAGAAACGGAAGCUUAGCCAACGAUAGUGAGGUGUCGAGGCUCGUUUUUGGCAUUGAUGAGGGGCCUAAAUUGGUCGGAGGCUAAGAAACUGUGAUAGCGAAGCAUCGAGCCCCUUUUCCAGCUUUUUGGGGCCCAAACUGGUCCUAUGUGAUUGGGAAUUCCAUGAAACAGAAGUGUACAAGAUAUGGGACCUGGUUUUUAUUUCUUUCAACAACCACACUUUGCAUUUUGCCAGAAGUUUUUGCACAAAUUAUCAAAUAGUUGAGAUUAUGGGAUAGGAAGUUUAUAUUUAUAAGUUGGUAUUGGUAUCUUUGUGUUCUUUUUAAUAAGCCAUAAAUCUAGCAAUUGUUUCUUGCUAUAAACAAAAGAGAACCAGAGAGCUUGAUCACGUAACAGUCACGAGGCUUGACUUCCUAUUUA